AAAUACCGAAAACAUAUGUCGUGAGAAAUUGCUGCAGGAUCCAAAAAAUGGAUGACGUCGCCAGUGUUCAAUUGGAAAAUGAAAAUUUACGAAAAAUACGAUCAAGAUUAAUGCAAUGGGAGUCCAAACCCAAUGCUUUGGCCGCAUUAAAUGUAGUGCAAGACGAAUGCUUGGAGCAAAUUAAUGCUGUGUGGGCCCAAGAAACUGAGAUUCCUGCCUCAGAGGAUGUCAGAAGAGAUGUUUUGGAAGUUAUUAAAUCACAGGACGAGCCAGCAAUAAUUUCUUCUCUUAAUGAACUGCAGGCGCCAACAUCACAAGCAAUAGAUACCACCCAUGACUUCUUGUUGUGGUAUGAUCUUGUUCAUGCAGAAAUACAUGAAAACGCCGAUUUGGCAUCACAUCGUUAUCUACAGCAAUUGGUCACAAGAAGUGCAGAAUGUGGCAAUAUGCUGCAGCAAAUAGAGCGGGCUAUGAGUCGUUUGAAAACCUUAAGAGAAGAAUAUGCAUUUGUUUCAGAGAAGACAGAAGCCUUAAACACUGCAAGCGAGCAGUUAAUAGAGGAACAGGAAAAACUACAGAGCCUGGGAGAUGGUAUACAGAAUCGUUUGCAUUAUUUUAAUCAAGUUGAAUUGCUCAACCAGCGCUUACACAGUCCUACCCUGUCAGUGGCAUCCGAAUCAUUCCGAGAAUGUUUAAGUAAACUGGACGAAUGUCUGACGUAUUUAAAGGAACAUCCCAAAUUUAAAGAUUCGCCUGCUUUCACGGUCAAAUAUAAACACUGCUUGGCUAAAGCUGUAACGCUCAUUAAAAAUUAUGUGAAUUCCGUAAUGUCCCAAGCUACCGAGGCCACGUUACGCCCUAAACAAACGGUGUCGGGCAGCAGUGAUAGUGUAACAGCUUCCCCUGAUGCUGCAUUUGCACUCUACUAUGGCAAAUAUCAAACAUCAGCGGCAAAAAUCAAAAGAGUUUCCCAAAUGAUUGAAUCAAGGGUUGAUGUAUGUCCAGAAUAUACAAAUCUUUUGGCCGAAUUACAGCAAAACUAUUUGAACGAAAGGUCAACCAUAAUGACACCAUCAGUUGACAAAGCAAUUAAGGAAAUUAAAGCACAACACAAAGGCGAUCAUUGCACCUUAAUGCGUAGCUCUUGUUCCUUUCUUGUACACAUCUGUCAGGAUGAGCAACGUUUGUAUUAUCAGUUUUUUGCCACAGAAAGUGAAUUGUUAACUUCCUAUUUGGAGGGUCUAUGUAAUAUUUUAUAUGAUUCAAUGCGUCCCUUUAUAAUACACAUUAACCAUUUGGAGACGUUGGCGGAGAUCUGCUCUAUACUGAGAAUAGAAAUGCUCGAGGAACAUGUACAACAAAAUCCAACUCCUCUAGAAGCAUUUGCAUCUGUGGCAAAUCAGCUUUUACAAGAUGCCCAAGAACGUUUAGUGUUCAGAGCCCAUCUUUAUUUGCAAUCGGAUAUUUUAAAUUAUAACCCUUCGGCGGGGGAUUUGGCAUAUCCAGAAAAAUUGGAAAUGAUGGAGAGCAUAGCAUUGUCAUUGCAAGAACCCGCACAUCUUAAGCGCUUUGAUUCACGUUCUUCUUUAGUUUCCACAAAUUCCAAUAUAACAGAGGCUGAGAGCAUAGAUACUAGCGUCAGUCGUGUUAGAAACAUGAAUUCUCCUGCUGAUUUACAUGGAAUGUGGUAUCCAACAGUCAGACGUACACUUGUUUGCCUUUCGCGCCUUUAUCGUUGUGUAGAUAGACCAAUUUUCCAGGGACUAUCGCAAGAAGCUUUAAAGCUAUGCAUUCAAAGUGUCUCGUCGGCUUCGGCAAAAAUAUCACAGGCAAAGACCCCCAUAGAUGGCGAACUAUUUGAAAUAAAGCAUUUGCUUAUACUGCGUGAACAAAUUGCACCUUUUCGAGUCGAUUUUACAGCCAAAGAGACAUCGUUGGACUUUAGCAAAGUCAAAACAGCAGCAUUUGGACUCUUGCAAAAACGCAAACAACUGUUUUCUAUGGGUAGCAACAAUGCCAUAUUGGAAUUUCUACUAGAAGGAACACCACAAAUUAAAGAACACCUCUUGGACUCUCGCAAAGAAGUUGAUCGUCAGUUGAAGCUUAUUUGCGAACAAUUUAUAAAAGAUGCGGUGCAAACUUUGGCUGCUCCGCUUAUUGCAUUCCUCGACAAGGCCCAAGCGGUGGUGAAUACAGAUGCAAAAGUCAGUGCAGCCUCAAAGGAUCAACAGCAACCGGCUGUCGCUAAAAUAAACUACACAUUGAGACAGAGUUCUUGGGCAAGUCCCCAGCAAAUCAGCAGCGUCAUACAAGAAACUCAGCGAUUAAUCAAGAAUAAGCUGCCACUGUUGCAGCGAUCAAUGCAAUUGUAUUUGAGCAAUCGGGAUACUGAGUUCAUUAUUUUUAGACCUAUAAGAAACAACGUUAUCCAAUCAUUUGUGAAACUGGAACAGUUACUAACCACAAACGGCUAUACAGCGGACGACAUGACGAUCAGCAGUUGUCCCUCAGGAGAGCAGGUCUCAGUUCUAUUAUCAAGCGCCAGUAUUUUAGCAGCAGAAGCAAUUGUAAAUUUCUCUGCAAGCCAGCGUAAAGUGAGUGCAUCUUCUAGCGAAGCGGGUGGACCCAACACUCCACCACGAAAGAUAUCCCUCGACAAGAAAGUUAGUUUCGAGGGAAAUUCCACAGCAACCAACUACAUGGAAAAUCUGACGGAAGUGUCCGAAUCAUCGGGUAACAAUAGUAAUGUUACAUCACCGACUGCGUCAUCACCAGUACCUCCAACCUCAAUAGAGGGAGAGGCGAAAACCUUCACGACAACGGCGAAUGCAGAAGUUAUUUAAAUUAAAAUGUUGUAUAAAUAACACGUCUUAUAUUUGAUUUUAAGACAUAAAUUUAAUUUUUUUAAAAACUACAUUUAAUAAACAAUAAACAGUCAAAGUGAUUUCAAAAUAAAAAAUA